CGACCUAAGUGAUUGCGUCAUCUCUAUGCGACGACUACUCUCGCAAGUAGGAGUGUAGGAGGAGGAAAGAUGGCGCCAUCCCCAACAAAGAGGAAGGAGGAUGACAAGAGUAAGCAGCGAGGUAAGGAGAAGUCAGGAGCCACGAAAGAGGGAGCUGACAAAGACCGGGGCCGAGAGAAGAACCGCACACGGCGCAGCGCUUCCAGUGGGAGCAGCAGCUCCAGCUCCAGCAGCAGCUCAGGCUCCAGCUCAGGCUCCUCAAGUGGCUCCAGCUCCUCUGCCUCCAGCCACUCAGGCUCAUCCAGCUCCCGCUCCUCUUCCUCCUCCUCCUCGUCCUCACCGAGCCCCAGCCGCCAGCGCCACAACAACAGACGACGAUCACGCUCCAAGUCAAAGUCGGCAAAGAAGGAUGAAAGGGACCGGCGACGUCGAAGCCCCACACCCAAACCCACGAAGGUCUACCUGGGCCGGCUGACCAGAAAUGUUAUCAAGGAACACAUCCAGGAGAUCUUCUCUACUUACGGCAAGAUUAAGAUGAUUGACAUGCCCAUGCAUCGCGUCCACCCUCACCUGUCCAAAGGCUACGCCUACGUAGAGUUUGAGACACCUGAGGAGGCGGAGAAGGCCCUGAAGCACAUGGACGGAGGUCAGAUUGAUGGUCAGGAGAUCACAGUCACAGCUGUGCUGACUCCUACAGUGCGCCCUCCCCCUCGCAGGCUGUCGCCUCCACGCAGGAUGCUUCCACCACCAAUGUGGCGACGCACUCCACCUCGAAUGAGGAGAAGGUCUCGGUCUCCACGGCGACGCUCCCCAGUGCGUCGCAGGUCACGAUCACCUGGCCGCCGUCGUCACCGGUCACGCUCUAGUUCCAACUCUUCCCGCUAGUGAAACAGAAACCCCUCCUCCGCUGUCCUGGACAUUACGGUCAAUCAUACGCCACUGAGUGAUGAGAACAUGGACGCCAAUAUCAUGACUGUAUUCCAGAGUAAAUUUUAUUUUAGCCUGUGUUUGAAAAUCAGCCUAAAAAUACGUGGUCUGAAACGCACACAGUGUGUUAUCAUCAGAUACUAUCACCUAC